UGUUACCAGGGAUCACCUGUUGUUUUUGCAUGUAUACACAUGCUUCUUGUGUCAGAUACCCAAUAUUCAAUCAAAUGAAUCCCCUGGUGACUUUUACUUUUAUCUCCUUCAAUGAAACACCGGCAGCCUUAUUGUGGUGUUUUGUCUAUGAAUUUCGAGAUCGGAGAUCAAUGUUCCAAUCCCGCCAACCAGCUAAUCCCCUCUUUAUCUGCACUCAUUAUACAACUGUGUUAACACACACCUGAGACCGUUUCUCGAACAGACGGUCUCAAUCCAGUCCUCUCAAAACGGAACCUACACAUACCAUUUAAUCUCGCCGCUACUACGCUCACACUUGCUUGUCGAAAUGUCUCCCACAACCACAGGCUCUCUGCCCAGUAGUACCGAUGCUGAUGGUAAUUCGGGCGACAAUAACUCUAGUCCAACUAGUUCCCCUUUACUCUUUUUUGUUGCUCUUGGAUUUGGUGUGGUAUUUACAAACCUAUGGAUCAUAGUCGGGGUUAAGUACUGCUUUCGGUAUAAUCAACGAAAUCGCCAGUUGCGAAAUGAAGAAACAGGGGAGCCUAUAAACCUUGUGACAAUGCCCCGAACCCACAGGAGACGGAGAGAAAAGAAGUUAAUGAGUAUGGACGAGGUGAAUGAGCGAUUUCCGCUUAUGAAAUAUAAAGCCUGGAGGUCAACACGUGCAGACGAAGGCCUCCCUAC